GUCCCUCCCCUUCCCACAAACUCUCUUCUGAGGAAACGAAACUGAUCUGAGUCUCUCUGUCGUCUGUCUGUGUGAGAGUGAACAACCGUCCAAAUGGCUCAACAGGGAGUUCUGCUGGACCAGGACCAGUUCUGUUGUUCUGUCUGUCUGGAUCUACUGAAGGAGCCGGUGGCUAUUCCCUGUGGACACAGUUACUGUAGGAGCUGUAUUGAGGGCUGCUGGGAUCAGGAUGAUCUGAAAGGGGUCUAUAGCUGUCCUCAGUGCAGAGAGACCUUCACUCCAAGGCCUAAUCUGAGGAAAAAUAACAUGUUGGCUGAGCUGGUGGAGAAACUGAGGAAGACAGGACUCCAGGCUGCUCCCCCUCCUGCUCUGUGCUAUGCUGGACCUGGAGAUGUGGCGUGUGAUUUCUGCACUGGGACCAGAAAGCAGAAAGCCCUCAUGUCCUGUCUGGUGUGUCUGGCCUCUUACUGUGAGACUCACCUCCAACCUCACUAUGAAUUUCCUGGUUUCAAGAAGCACAAGCUGGUCAAAGCCACCGCACAACUACAGGAGAAGAUCUGCUCUCAUCAUGACAAACUGCUGGAGGUUUACUGUCGUACCGAUCAGCAGUGUAUCUGUUAUCUGUGUACAAUGGAUGAACAUAAAGGUCAUGAUACAGUGUCAGCUGCAGCAGAGAGGACUGAGAAACAGAGGCAGCUGGGGAUGAGUCACCAGAAGGUCCAGCAGAGAUUCCAGGAGAGAGAGAAGGAGCUGAAGGAGCUCCAACAGGCUGUGGAGUCUUUCAAGCGCUCUGCACAGUCAGCAGUGGAGGACAGUGAUCAGAUCUUUACUGAGCUGAUCCGCUCCAUUGAGAGAAGGAGCUCUGAGGUGAAGGAGCUGAUCAGAGCCCAAGAGAAGGCUCAAGUGAGUCAAGCUGAAGGACUCCUGGAGCAACUGAAGCAGGAGAUAGCUGAGCUGAGGAAGAGAAGCACUGAGCUGGAGCAGCUCUCACACACAGAGGAUCACAUCCAUUUCCUCCAGGUAACUAAACUGUCUUGUUACAUGUGAUAUGAAAUUAACUUCACGUGAAACUAUUCAUCUCAAUCAUUAUGUUGUCCUGUCUCUCUGUCCCUGUCUCUCUCUCUGUCCGUCCCUCUCUCUCUCU